AGAAAUUGCAACAAACAAAAAAGCUUACAUAUUCGUCUUCAAUGGCGAUGCUACACCGAAUAUCAUACCACUGCAACUAAAUGUCAAUGGCCUGUACGACUCCCAUCCACAAACCCCCCAAUAUAUUCACACAAAAACCUCCCAAACCAAUCACAAACUCCAUCAAUGACGCAACAGCAACAUGGAACGACAUACAACGACGAUUGUCAUUCUCUAUGAAGAUUCUUUGAGAAAGCGAACAAGAUUCAAACGCAGAAUUACACUCUCUUACAUUUCGAUCAGUUUGUUAUUUGUAUGAUAAACUGAUUGAAAUAGAAGUAGGGGAGAUUAAUCAUUAAUGGAAGAAGAAUUUCCAGGUUCAAUUGGUACAAGCGCAAGCUUAGCCUUAAGAUUGGGGCAAACGCUCUUCUCUGUUGCUUCUCUUCUUUUCAUGUGCGUCGGAGUUCAAUUCUACGCUUAUACUUCUUUCUGUUUCUUGGUGACAAUCAAAGGAUUAAUGAUUCCAUGGAGUUUAACACUAGCAAUGGUGGAUGCAUUCUCUGUGUUUGUCAAACGUCCAUCUCGACAAGUGCAAAUGGUGGCAGUUAUAGUUAUAGGCGAUUGGAUCCUUUCGUUCUUAUCACUAGCAGCUGCAUGUUCAACCGCUAGUGUAUCAGACUUCAUGGUUACAGAAGCUGGUGAUUCUUUUUGUGGCGGGAAAUUGUGCAACAGGUAUCAGUUAUCAGCAGCCAUGGCUUGCUUGUCUUGGAGUUUGUCUCUGGCCUCUGCUCUUUUUAAUCUGUGGCUUCUCCCUUCUUUAUGUUCUAAUUUUUAGACGAUUUUUUUUUUUUUUUUUUUUUUUUUGCCAUUGAAGAGUUAUAAGUAAGAGUUUUAUAUAGUAUUGGAAUUUGAUAUAACUGGAAUUGGAAAAAAAAAAUAUGUAAUUUGUUAUGUAUUUGGUUAGUUAGGAAUGGUGAAAUCCAUCCAAAAUAGGAUUUUAGGAAUUUCAAACGAAAUUAAUUUUGUGUUUAUGUCAAUCAAUCACGUCAUGAAAGUAUGGUGUUAUUUGUUUUUUUUAAUUAAAAAAUUAAUGAAAUCA